AUGCGGCUUGUGCGUCUGGCCUGGCUUUGCUGCUGUACUGGCUGCUGCUGCGCCCAGUCCCUCUGUGCCUCCUCCCUCGUCGUCUCUGCCCCUCUAUCCUCUCCCCCACCCAACUUCCUCCUCACAUUCCUCUCCCCAACCCUAAAACCCCCAUCAAACUCACCCUAUCCCCCACCUCCAUACCCUCCCGUCCUAACCCCUCUACUCUUGCGGUCGUGUUUGCUGCCACCUCCUCUCGCCCCCUCUCCCCGACCAAGCCCGAACUUGAGGGCGGUGCCCCCUGGGCCCGGAGCCCCACCUUCCCCUGCUAGCUAUCCUGCUGCUGCCACUGCUGUCCCCUCUCCUCUCCCCAUACUCACCGGGCCUCUCCUGCCCCUGCUGACCCUCCUGCUGCUGCCUCUGCUGUCCUCUCUCCUCUCCCCUGCUAGCCUGCCCCUCCUGCCCCUGCUGGCCCCGCUGCUGCUGCUGCUGCUGCUGCUGUCGCUGUUGUCCCCUCUCCUCUCCCCUAAUAGCCUGCCCCUGCUGACCCUUUUUUCUGCUGCCCCUGUUACCCCUGCUGCUGCUGCCCCUGCUGACCCUCCUACUGCUGCCCCUGCUAUCCUCUCCCCUCUCCCCUACUGGCCUGCCCCUCGUGCCCCUGCUGGCCCUCCUGCUGCUGUCGCUGCUGCUGCUGUCCCCUCUCCUCUCCCGCCUGCAAGCCUGCCCCUGCUGAUCCUUAGAGAGGCUCGGAUUUAA